UGCAGAAUCUAUAUUUUAUCCUUCCAACCACCACCACCGCUAUCUUGUCUUCUUGAUCAUAGCUAUAGUCAAGCCCUAUCCUUCCUUCCCCUCAACCUUUCCUACUUGCACAUGUUCAAGAUAGAAAAUAAAGCAACACUUUCCAUUAUAAGCUGAACAAUUUAACCUAAUUUAGCCAUUACUUUUUCUGGGGUUUUCUUUUGACAAAACUCUACAAAUGUUUCCUUCAGGCAACAGCCAAGAACCCUUUAAUCCCUACACCUCAAAAGCAUUACUUGAAAAGUCUUUUACAUAUAAUCAUCAUCAAAACCCUAGUUCAAGUUCAAGGCAAGAAGAUCUUGCAUCUUUCUUGAAUUUCCCUUCUCCAUUUCUUGAUGAUCACAAUAACGAGUUGCCCUUGAACCAAAUAUUGUCUCAUCAGCAUCACCAAGAUCAAGAGGCUGGUGAUCAUCACCAUGUCAAAGAGAGCAAUUUUACUCAUAAUAUUUCUUGUGAGGCUUCAAAGGAGGAAAUGUCUAUUGAGGCAGCUAAAACAUCAUCAAAGAAGAGAAAUCUCAGUGCAACGCCACCGCGAAGGAGAACUGGGAAGAAAGAUAGGCAUAGCAAGAUAUGCACUGCUCAAGGUGUGAGAGAUCGGAGAGUGAGAUUGUCACUUCACAUAGCGCGUAAGUUCUUCGAUCUCCAAGACAUGUUAGGCUUUGAUAAGGCAAGUAAAACUAUAGAAUGGUUGUUUUCCAAAUCCAAUAAUGCCAUAACUGAGCUCUCAGAGAACAUACCACAAAAGGAUUAUAGUGAUGGUAACAAGAUUAUUAAUAGUAAUAGUUCAAGUAGUGAAGAUCAAAAGAGUGAAUCUCUUAUGUCUGAAUGUGAAGUACUAUCAAGAUGGGAGGAGAACUCAAAUAAUGAAGGGAAAGAGAGAGGAAAAGACAUAAACAUGAAUGAUAGAUUGAGUGAAAUGGUGCAAAAUAAUCCACAUAAGAGGGAGUCAAGAAACAAAGCAAGAGCAAGGGCUAGGGAAAGAACAAAAGAGAAAAUGAUGAUUAAAGGUCUUGACAAAAAGUGCAAUAAACAAUGGUAUGAAACAAACCCUAAUAGUGGUACUAAUAUUCUUGACCAUUUAGGGUCAUCAAGCAAUAGUGGUUUUCUUGAUCAAGAAUACUCCAACAACAAUUCUUAUAAUAAUACAAGUGUCAAUCAAGAAAAGGAUUCUCCCCUUGAAGCAAGUUCUCAGUCUCUAGAACAUCCGUUCAUUUCAAAUUACUAUGCAAAUUCCACAGCAGCAAUAGGAGGCUUAGAUUCUGGAAAUUGCUUCUUGGGUUUCCUUGGGAACUGGGAAUAUGCACCAAUGGCAUAUGCAGGUAACCCUAGCUCAAUUUAUUUGGCAAACUCCAGUUAUCAAUUUCAGCCACUGGACCAAGAAAAACAUUUAUCCUGCAGACAUCACAGGCAGGAAUAAAUUCAACUGGGUCUUAAGUUGUACUUAGGCAACUUUUUGUUACUUUUUACAGUGUUAUAUCUCCUAUGUUUACCCUGUUUGAUAAUUUUUUUUUGGUUGAUUUAUGCAAUAUGGAAAAAUUCUAGUACUGUUUUGACCUAAUUUUUCUGCUUGGUAUAGACAAGACAGAGAAUGUGUUUAUGAAUAAAAUUUGUUGUUUGAUUAAUUCACCAGUUA